AUGGCUGACAACGAUCCCACCCCAGAGCAAGAGGCAGCUGCCCGUGCCAAGGAAACCGCCGAGCAGGAGGCGCUACCGUACAAAUGGAGCCAAGUUAUUGGCGAGCUCGACGUCGUCAUACCCUCGAUACCCGGUAACCUCAAGGCGCGCGACCUGGUCGUCGAGCUGAAGAAGCAGAAGCUCAAGGCCGGCAUCAAGGGCCAGGAGCCGUUCAUCGAUGGCGACCUUCCGCACCCGAUCCACACCGAGGAGUCGACGUGGACGCUGAUGGCCGCGCCGGACGGCACCAAGACGCUCGAGAUCCACCUGGACAAGAUCAACAAGAUGGAGUGGUGGGCGCACGUGGUGACGGCGGCGCCGCGCAUCGACGUGACCAAGAUCCAGCCCGACAAUAGCAAGCUGUCGGACCUCGACGGCGAGACCCGCGGCAUGGUCGAGAAGAUGAUGUACGACCAGCGCCAGAAGGAGGCCGGCCUGCCCAGCUCCGACGAGCAGAAGAAGGCCGACAUCCUCAAGAAGUUCCAGGACCAGCACCCCGAGAUGGACUUUUCGAACGCGAAGGUUAGCUAG